AUGGAGGAAUUAACCAGCGUUUUAACUGCAGUUCUUCGAGGAAUUCAGCAGCAACCCCAACAAGCCGCAGCGGCGCCGGUGGUGCCAGCACCCUCUGCGCCAAUUAACAUUCCAGCUUUCGAUCCCUCAAAAAGCGAUGCGGGAGCGAUGGGUUGGUGCGAUGAUAUGGAGACCUUGGCGACCACGUUCAAGUGGACUGAUUUUGAACAGCUUUGCAGAGCCGCGGGUGCCCUGGAAGGUGACGCAAAGGAUUGGUAUGACAACUGGCACCCAUCAAAUAAAGUUUGGGCUAGUUUCCGGGCCGAGCUUUGUCAGCUUUAUCCUGCGAAGAGGAAUCUUAGUGAGCGGUUACGUAAAGCUAAUAUGAUUUCACCAAGAACAGAAGCCAAAUGGCAGCAAUGGUACGAAGAAAUUGAAUCAGAUGUAGGGUCCGAGUUAGACAUAGAUGACGCUGCCUCUGAACACAGUUUGCAUGAUACUAAUACGGAGCAAUCCUCGGACUCUGAUGACGAGGAUAUUUGUUUACCUAUAUCUCUAUCUGCUUUGAAGAAAAUACCGCAUUUCACUGGAAAGGAUGGCACACCAUGGCUAAAACACAAACCACCUAGUCUCCGAACAAAAACUUGUGUUCAAAAUAUAGUGAUCAAGCUUCCAGGUGUAAUAGGAGAAGCGAAGAGAACGAAAGAAAUUAUGGAUUGCUGGAAAAUAUUUUUUCCCAUGGAUAUGAUGAUCAACACUCUAGUUCAGAGUACAAAUCAAAAACUGGAUCAAAUGCGAGUCUCCUACGGGCGUCCAAGAGACUGUUUACCUACAGAUUUAGAAGAAAUAAUGGCGUUUAUAGGUCUACUUUACCUAGCAGGUAAGUUUAUUUCUCCGUUUAACAUUUUCUGUUGUUUCAGACAGAUGCAAUCAACGCCAAUGCUAAGGUCGCUAAGCUCCGAUACACCACGACGGAGGGAUUGGAAAUUGCGACUUAGUCUCAGAGACAAUAGGAAAAAAGAUCCGAAAAAGAUGCCUACAAUAUACAAACCUAAAAAUAAUCAUUCAAGAGGGAAAUGGGAGGAAGAAGAUCUUAAAAAUGCGGCUCAAGCAGUACACAAUCAGCAGAUGUCCAUUUAUAAGGCGUCAAAAACGUAUGGUGUUCCUUGGUCGACCCUGAAAAGAAGGAUUUCUAGUAAUUGUUUGGAAAAAAAAGGUCUAGGGCCUUCUGUUCUGGGAAUUGAAAAUGAAAAAAAGAUGGUGUCACAUAUUACGAAACUUCAGCGUCACGGGUUUACUCCGACCAGAAACGAAGUCAGAAUAAUGGCAUAUAAACUAGCGGAACAGCUUCAUAUAAAACACAAUUUCAAUAGACAAACUUGCAUGACAGGACUAGACUGGUUGCAUCUAUUUUUUCAUCGAAAUCCUCAAUUAACCAUAAGAAAAUCCGAAGGUGUUUCACAAUCUCGUUCACUAAACAUGAAUAAGGAAGCAGUUAUGAAAUACUUUGACCUAUUGCAAGAUUUGCUGAUAGAACAUGACUUACUUGACAAACCUGGAAAUUGUUAUAAUGUUGACGAAACGGGUUUACAACUCAAUAGUAAACCCGGCAGUGUUGUGGCUGUAAAAGGAUCAAAAUCUGUAGUAAAUAUUACUUCUGGGGAAAAAGGAGAGACCAUAUCAUUGAUCGCUUGUUGUAACGGUGAAGGGAUUUUUCUUCCACCAGCGUGUAUUUUUAAAGGGAGAAAUGAAAAACCCGAGUACAAAAAUGGGAUGCCAAAUGGAUCCACAAUAUUUAUGUCCCAGAAGUCCGCAUACGUCAAUAAUGACAUAUUUUAUUUAUGGCUAAAAAAACAUUCUUUACCAAGAAAAUCUAAAGGAAAAGUGAUUUUAAUCCUAGACGGGUACAGUUCCCACUGUAGCUCAGUCGAAACUCUUGAGUUUGCACAGGCAAACGACAUUAUAGUUUUGUGCCUACCAAGCCAUACAACUCAUUGGCUGUUACAACCUUUGGAUCGUUCCUUUUUUAAGGCAUUGAAGUCCCAUUAUUACAACGCUUGUAAUAUAUAUAUAUAUAUAUAUAUAUGA